AUGGCUGCUCGACCAACAGAACUUGGCGCUUCACCAACCGAGAUAGCCGUUGCCGACCCGACAACACGAGACCAGAACAAGGACCGCGAGCCUGUGCAAGACGUCGACAGCGGCCCAGGCCGUAGCUCGUCGACCUCGCCGUCUUCUCCAGUUACUAGUUCUCACCUAUCACCCUUGGACGGGCACAACUGUGUAGAAGGCUCGGCGACUGGGAGCUCCGGGUCUAAUGGCAGUGACCAAUUUGUGACAGCCUUGCAAUCUGCUGCUCCAAGUAUCGGCGCCGCUAAGGCGAGUUCUGACUCGGUCCAGGUGCUGCCGGAUGUUGUGCAGCCUUUGUACAUAUCGGGACCAAAGCUCUUUGCCAUGGUCUCUUCCGCUACUCUAGCUACGUUUCUUACGCUGCUAGACAUGUCCAUCAUUGCCACCGCGAUUCCUCACAUCACCAGCGAGUUCAGCUCCCUCGAUGACGUUGGCUGGUAUGGGAGUGCCUAUCAGCUUGCAAGCGCCGUGUUGCAUCCUGUUAGCAGUCGGCUGUACACUUACAUAAACCUCAAGUGGACAUUUCUCACCUUCCUCGUGCUGUUUGAGGGUGGCUCAUUGAUAUGCGGUUUGGCAUCUUCUUCCUUCAUGCUUAUUGUGGGCAGAGCAGUAGCCGGUAUGGGCUCAUCUGGUUUGAUGGGUGGCGGCCUCAGCAUCAUUGCUGGUGCAGUGCCCAUUCACAAAAGGCCUUGUUUCUACAUUAACCUCCCGGCCGGGGGUCUCUGCAUCUUCUUGAUGGCCUUUUUGAUGGUGCCGGAACAGGUCCCAAAGCUCGUGGGUCACAGUUUCCCUUCACGCGGCCACAUUUACCUGACCCGCAGGUUCGACUUCGUAGGCUUUAUGCUGAUCGCUGGCGGCUCUGUCAUGCUCCUCUUGGCCCUCGAGUUUGGAGGCAAGACGCAUCCUUGGGACAGCUCCGUCGUCAUUGGUCUGAUCUGCGGCGCGGCCGGGGCGUUUGUCGUCUUUGGCCUUUGGAUGCACCGCUUCGGCGACGAGGCGCUCAUUCCCAGUUCGUUCACUGCGGCCUUCUUCCUACCCAUCUACUUUCAGUCGGUGAAGGGAGCGACUCCGGUGAUGAGUGGCGUGUACACCUUGCCGACCGUGCUUGGACAGCUUUUGUUUUCGGUGCUGUCGGGUUUGAUCAUUCCCAAGAUGGGCUAUUAUAUACCGGUCGCUGCCGUCGGUGCAGCCGUCAGUGCGGUGGGCUGUGGUAUGCUCUCUACCCUUUCACCAGUGAGCACAGCGGCCCAAUGGGCUGGAUACCAAUUUAUUGCUGGCGCCGGUAGAGGCUUGUAUCUCCAAAUACCUAUCCUAGCCGUCCAAAGCUACCUUCAGCCCUGCGAUCUUUCGAUCGGCAUGUCGACCAUCGUCUUUGCCCAGACCCUCGGUGCAGCGAUCGUCCUGGUCAUAGGGUCCUCGGUUUUCCUCAACUCGCUCCGCCACGAGAUCCCCGUCGCAGCACCGGAUGUUGACCUCCCGGAAAUCCUCAAGGCUGGUGCGACGGGGUUCCGCCAGCUUUUCGAGAAGAACCACUCACUCCCCGGUAUUAUUAUUUCCUACACGUUGAGCCUCCAAAGAGUGUUUUAUGUCGUCACCGCCAUCGCCUGCCUGGCAUUUUUGAGCUGUUGGGGUAUGGGGUGGAAGAACAUCAAGCAAAAGAAGGCUGGAACUGCAGAAGAGGUCGAGUCUGGGGUUGUUUUGAAUGACAGGGGAAAGAGGAGGGAGUCUCAGGCGCAGGCUGCCGGCCAUGCAAUCGAGAGUGGCGUGCGACUGUCGCUAUCUGCGACUUGA